AGUAAGAUGUCUUGCGGAGACGGAGAACCGUCUGAUGCAGAGGAUACGAUGAAAUCUCCUAAAAACGUCGAAGUUGUAAUUGAUCCGGAGGACAUAGGAGACCUUGACGAUAUUGUGGACCAUUGUAGCCAAGAAUAUGUAUCCCUAAAUAAUACCCUGGACCAGCUGGAUACAUGUCUGGCGACCUUGGAAGAGCAGAGUGAUGGACUGUAUGCUCGGCUUAAGGAUCUACUUGCCUCUACAAAGGAUAUUCGCCAAGAGCUACAAAUGCAGAAUAACAGUGGCAACAGUUCUGACCAGCCUGAACAUUGAUUAUGAGACAAAACAUUUUCAUGUUGACGGACAUUCCAAAACCUAAUUCUGGCUUUGUAAAUUGGAUGUAUUAUUUACAUGUUACUAAUAUUGUAUUGAAAGACAAUAGAGUUUAAUCAAAAAGACCUUGUGUAAUCAGUCUUUCUCCAUUUACAUUCCAGUCCAGUAUAUUCAAGAUGAUAGCAUCGUACUGAUUCUUUGUGUAGAUUAUUUACUUAGUGAAUUGUUUGAUCACCAAAGUAUCUGGUAUGUAAUUAGCUACAAGACUGUUGGUAUUUAUUUUUUCCUUCCUAUUAUUCUUAUACAAAAUAUUAAUACAUUGUAUAUACUGAUUGUUGUAUAAGUCACUGAAUGAUAUUUUGAAGAUUGGUCCCUUAAUCAAUUUGAAAGAAAUUGAAUUAGAUUUAAAUAUUUUUAUCUAAAUUAGAUGUAAACAAUUUUCUGAUACAGUGUACUGUAUUUCCCUUCCUUGUUAUUUUUUUGUUACUGUGGCAAGUAGUGGCCAUUUGUGAUCCAUGGAAGUUGUGAUUAAAUAAAAAUGGUUUUAUUUAUACCCUUUAUCUUAUUAGUGAAGGUAUGAACACCUCAUUUAUCUUAUAACUUCAGAGUUCUCUACUAGCAUAACAAAUGAUAAUGUAGAUUCCUGUUUUCCUUCUUUUCAUUCUGAGAUUCCAUAUAAAUAAUACUGUUACAAUAGGUUCUGUGAUGUAAUUUAUAAGAUCUUUAUGAGUUAAGUCUUUGACUUUGUUCUGACUCUCAACUAUUUUCCUAUUGCUAAGUCUUCAAGUUUGUAUAAGUAUAUCAUUAUUAUUAUUAAAUCAGCUUUCCUCUUCUUGCUGGUUUAAAAUCAAUUUUACCUUUAUUUUAAACUUGAGUUACUAGAAGCAUUCAGCAGAGAUUGAUGAGUUUAAUUUCUUAUUUAUGAAUUAGUAGCUCAAUGAUCUUUUUUUCACUUAAGUCUGGAGAAAGGGACAUGGCUCAUGACCUUUGCAGAUCCUUUGAAACUGAUGGCCUUCAUGCUGUUAAUGUUCCAUUUAAACUGUUGCAGGGAGAAGAUUCUGGAGUAUUGAUAUUCAGAAGAGAAAGAACUGGGUAUAAUGGUUAGUGAGGGGUUAAGGGAGUUGGAGGCAUCAAGUGAUAAGAGGUGAAAAGAUGAAUGGGCCAUGAGUGAUGGAGAUGCAAGACCAAGCAGCUCUGAGGAACAGAGGCCAUUAUAGUAGUGAUAGAAUACAUAGAGAAGAGACAGCAUGCCUUUGGGCAAGAGUCUGGAGUGUUUUUUUUUUUUAAACAAAAUAUUACAUAUCUGAACUAUCUCUUUGAAAUCUUUUGUUCAACUUAAUUUCAGUAAAUUAGUAUUGUUUGUAUAUAAAAUUUUCCCCAGGUGAUAUAAAGUCUGUUUCUUAUAUUUAUUGAUGUAAUUUAAAUUAUCUCCAUUACUAGAUUAAAAUAUUCUGAAAAAUUGUAUAGUAUCUUACUCAUAAUGAAAGUGCUUGUAAAUUUAUUGAACUUCAAGAUGAAAUGUUCUUAAUUUCAUUAAAUUCUGAAACUUUAUUGAACUCCAUGAAAUUUUCAUUAAAGUUUCAAAGUUUGUUGAAUGUUUUCUUAGAGAACACUUGAUUUCAAAGAAUCUUUAUUGUUAUAUCUUUUUUAAAGAAAAUCUGUAAAACUUUGUUGGACAGUGUUUAUAACUAUAUGAAAACCUUGUGCUGAGAGACAUUGAACUAAUUACUACCAUCAGCUGAAAAAAUUAUUUAUAAGAUUUGAAGAAUGCCCGCUUAAAGAUAAUGAAAAUGUGAAGUGUUAUUGUUGAACUUUACAAUUUGGAAUGUUUUGUCAGGCUUUAAAUAAGUUUAUUUAAUGGUGGGAGAGGACCACUAAAAAUAUCAAUUUAGGAAUUAUUGGAUUGAAAUGCCUUUAUUGUGCCUGUAGAAAAUUUUACAUCAAAUGCAAGUAUGGCUAGGUGUCAUUAGUCUAAUCUGAUUGCAUAUGUUUUCUAGGAAGAAUAUACAAAUUUUCAAUUCUAAUUUAAAGAAUAUAUUGUAAUAUUUUUUUCUUUAGUAUAAAUUUUUAUUUCUGGAUAGUAUUAUGACCAAAUCAUAGAUAUAUAAAACUUCAACAGUUAAUGGUAUGCAAUAUUAUCAACAAGUAAAAUGAAUUUAUUUAAUAGUGUAUGUGUGUGUUAAAUGGUUGUCAUGACUCUUCCCCGAUGUGUUUGUUCACACAAUCUCAGAUCAUCACUUACCAUGCAAAUAACAAAUGUUAUAUAUAAUUCUUAUUAAUCAAUGUUAUACUAGAAUCUUAAUUUUCUAACUUAAUAUUCCAAGCUAAGAUAUUUGGAAUAAAUUUGUUAUAUAUGAAGUAAAAAGGAAAUUAGA